UCAGGGCUCUCGCUCUCCGCCGGUGAGCAGUGUUUGACUGCUGCGACAGGGAGGAAAGGGAAUACGAGCAGUUUCGCUUUACGCUCAGAUGGAGACAGCCUGUCACUGGCAUGUGCCAAAGUGAAAUAGGUCUUGAAUGCGAGCCCUGUCUCUCCACCCUUUGCAGCAUCUUGCGUUCCUUUUUUCUUUUUUUUUCUUCACCUUCAGUGUUGAUCAUACUAGAUGGAGAGAGAGAGACAGAUUGCUCUUGACUGGUGAGCAGAGAGGGAGGAGGUGACAGGCUAGUUGUGCUGGAUGACCAGAUUUUAUUUAUUUUUUUAACAUCUGUCAUGCAAACCUUUCACGACUGUACCAGUAAUAACAGUGUGACUGAGCCACGUUGGAAGAGCUUCUGUACCUGCAGGAUCUUCCCACUCAGAUUAUGACGUGUACUGCGACCAUAGCCCCGGGCGUCUCGCUCAACCGUUUCAGCUGUGUGAAGGAACGUGAAAAGAAGAUUUAAUGAAUCAGUAUUCGCUAGCCGACGUGAUGACGGACAACUUGAGAAUUUUAUAAUUCUCUCCGGAGGAAGAGCGUCGCAUCCUUUAAGGAUUCACAGAGGAAACUUCACAGUUCCAAAGUUAUCAGAGUCUAAUAUGGGCUUUGGCGUGCUGGGGGUGUUUCUGGGGCUGCUCCUGGAGGUUUCCACACACGGGCCCCACGGUGUGCCUCGCACUUCCUGGAGACAUCAAGAUUUAGAUCUGAUGGAGUUUUCAGAGCCGGGCAUCUUCAACUACUCCGCAUUACUGCUGAGUGAAGAAAGGGAUGCGCUGUAUGUGGGAGCAAGGGAGGCCAUCUUUGAGCUCAGCAAGAAGAAUGUGAGCGUCAGAAACAAGAAGGUUCAGUGGCCAGUUACAGAAAAAUCUAUGAAUAUGUGCACGCUGAAAGGAAAAUCAAAAGAGAGGGAGUGUCUAAACUACAUUCGAGUGCUCCAAGCAGUAGAUGACACGCGGCUGUAUGUCUGCGGCACACACGCCUUUCAGCCUCAGUGUGAUUACUUGUACUUUGGCAACUUCUCACUUCACGGUAAACCCGAGGACGGCAGAGGGAAGUGCUCCUUUGACCCCUCGCAAAGCUUUACUACUGUCAUGGCUGAUGGAGUGCUGUACUCAGGGACAGCUUAUAAUUUCUUAGGCAGUGAACCGAUUAUAUCCAGAUACUCCCCGACCCAGUCUCUGCUGAGGACUGAGUACUCCACAUCAUGGCUUAAUGAACCCAGUUUCGUUUUCGCCGACGUGAUCAGAGAAGGGGAAAAUGGAGCAGAUGGCGAGGACGACAAAAUCUACUUUUUCUUCACCGAGGUGUCGGUGGAAUACGAAUUCUUUGGCAAGCUGUUCAUCCCCAGGGUGGCGCGCGUCUGUAAGGGUGACCUUGGAGGGCAGCGCACUCUGCAGAAAAAGUGGACGUCCUUUCUGAAAGCCAAGCUGGUGUGCUCCAUGCCUGAGCUCAACUUCGUUUUCAACGUGGUUCAUGACGUUUUCAUCCUGAAGGGGACAGACCGCAAAAACACGGUCGUCUACGGAGUCUUCACCUCUCAGUGGGGUAACGUGGGUUUGUCAGCCGUGUGUGCCUACGAGAUCAAGGAUGUGGAAGACGUCUUCUCCAAGGGCAAGUACAUGCAGAAGGCCACGGUGGAGCAGUCCCACACAAAGUGGGUACGAUACAACGGCAUUACUCCUACUCCACGUCCUGGAGCUUGUAUUAACAACCAGAUGCGACUGCAGAACAUGAACAACUCGCUCCACUUGCCCGACAAAACCCUUCAGUUUGUUAAGGACCACCCCCUGCUGGAGGAUCCCAUCCUGCCCAUCCACAACAGGCCCCGCCUCAUCACCAAAGACGUCAAUUACACCCAGAUUGUCGUGGAGAGGGUCCAAGCACUUGACAAAAUUACUUAUGACGUCAUCUUCACUGGAACAGAUAAGGGUGUCCUGCACAAGUCGGUGCUGGUUGAAGAUGAGGUUCAUAUUGUGGAGGAGAUCCAGCUCCUGAAGAACGCUGAACCCAUCAAAAACCUGCUGCUGUCCUCAGAGACACAGUCCCUGUAUGCUGGGUCAGACCUGGGUGUAGUCCAGUCUCCUACAGCUUUCUGUGCCAGGUAUUCAUCGUGUGUCGACUGCAUCCUGGCACGAGACCCCUACUGCGCCUGGCACCCGAAGACUGCCACAUGUGUCAACAUCUUUGACACUGCCAGCCAAACACUCAGGGGGCUGAUCCAGAGCAUGAAAGGUGAUGCAAACAUGUGUCCAGCAGUGCCAGCUCUGUCUCGGAAGGACUACAGGCAUGUGGCGGUGAAACUGGGGAGCUCUGCCGAGCUGCCGUGCCUGGUACAUUCCAACCUUGCCCAGGUGAUGUGGAAAUCUAACGACUCGGUUCUCACCGAGGCCUCUCGCUUCCACCUCAUAGCCGAAAAUGGGCUCCUCAUUUACAGCGUGGCUCCAGAGGACCAAGGGUACUAUGAGUGCUGGUCCGUGGAGUGGUCUCCUGCUGCUGGCAGGAACUUCAGUCGCCUGCUGGCCGGAUACACCCUGACUCUGGAUCUUCCGCCCAGACCGCCGCACCAGGCGGGGCAUGCCGUCACCACCACCCUCGGUGGCCACGAGGCAGCUACCACAGGUGCAGCUGAAGGUAAAGUAGAGACGGAGAGAGCCGCACUAACUUCAGCCCUUGCCCCUCCCAGCUUCACAGCAGCAACAGUCCUGCCACCCUCCCCUCCCCAAAGCGACGCGUCACUAACCCCGCCCACCAGCAGCACAGUCAAGCUCCAGCCAAAGGUAAAUCUUCUUCCCACUAAUUCCAAAGGCCCCCAUCCUGACAGUCGGGACCCCUCGGCAGAGUAUUUGCAGCACAACAACACCGCUGCCCUCCUCUUCCUCUUCCUCCUGUUUUUCCUCCUCUUCAUGGCUGCGCUGGUGUACAACUGCUACAUGCAGUACCUUCCAGCUCCCUGCUUGAGGCUGCGGGCCACUCUACUUGGCAGCCACAAGAGCGCCCAUCAGACCGAGUACAGGGCCUGUGAGGCAGGUUUAAUAGAAACCUCUGCGAUCGAGAAAAUUAACAUGGCCGAGCAGCCGAUCCAGAACGGCAGCCAAACCACUCAAAACCUCCGGGCACUCCGCGACACGGGGUACGAAACCGAGCCGGAGUGCGGGAACGGUCGCGUCCCCUCUCUCAGUUUUGGAGACGAUAGCCCCUCCAAGGAGAAACCUUUUGAUGUGGACUGUGGAUCUCAGGACAUUCAGUAUGCAGAUGCAGAUGCAGAAGCUUAACGCUAGCCACAAUAGACUUGAUCCCUCCUAUCGGCACAGAGAGUGCAGGGGGCCGCGCUUUUUCUGCAUUUGCAGCUUCUGUCAAGGGCACAACAUUUUUGUAAGGCAUGAAAAUCCCGAGGCCCAGAUCGGGCAUUCCCGCUCGGUUGUAGAGUUUUAACUCCCUCUGCUUGAUUUUAGGGCUAAUGGUGAUGGUGAAGCAAAAAAAAAAAAGAAGCAAAAAAACAACUGUAUUCAAGGAAGCUGCAGCUCCUUCAGCUUAGCCCAGCAAGAAAAGCUAUUAAAUUUUUGAAUUUUUGUCAAUUUUUUUUUAAACAUUCCAAAUUGGAAACAUUGUUUACCAAAUUGGUAAGUUACUGUGAUGCUUUCCAAAGUGCAGUCACAUUUCUGUACAGCUUGAGGGGGAGGGGGGCAUUUGCAUCUCUUUGAG